AUGCAUCUCUCAACUAUCCUCCCUCUCCUCUCGCUCACCACUCUCGCCCUCUCGACCCCAAAAAUCCACAACAACCACCACGGCCCAAGAGACAUUGCUUUCAGUGCCUAUCCAUCCUCAAGCAGUGGCCCAUUGAGACCACUGAGCACGCCACCACCGGCGCACCGAAAUCUGGGCCAUGCGAUAGUGCACAACAACUGCAAAUUCCCAGUCUACCUCUGGUCCGUGGCCUCUACGGUCCUACCGGAGCGAACUCUCCUCCCGAACGAUAAGUACACUGAGGUCUUCCGCGAGAACCCCGACACUGGCGGCAUCGCAAUCAAAAUCAGCACCAACCGUGACGGGCUGUAUACCAGUGCGCCGCAGAUGAUUUUUGCAUACAAUCUUUCCUCUACAAAGGAGCGGGGUCUGAGACAGGAUAAAGUGUGGUAUGAUCUCUCUGAUGUCUUCGGGGAUCCGCUUGUCGGUCACCCGGUGAGUCUCACGCCUUCUGAACCGUUGAUUUCUUGGAAGAAUGGAGUUCCGCCUGCUGGAAGUCAGGUGAGGGCUGUUGAUGCUUCGACGGAUUUGGUCCUGUCACUUUACAUUGUUAAGGAAUCUGGAUAUGUGUUACAAUACACUCACCCACCCAACUGCCCAUGCCACAAGAACCCCAACCACCACCACAACCACCAGCAAACCCCAUCUCUGCUCAACCAUGUAAAGCGCCGCAUGUCCACACCUGUGGAUCCCUCGCGCGAGAAGGAGUAUGCCUUCGAGAUGGCGGCAUCUAGCAUUCGCUUCGGACCCGGCGCGACCAAGGAGGUCGGAAUGGACUUUACCAACCUCGGCGCAAAGCGCGUGUGCAUUGUCACCGAUUCCAAUGUGGCCAAGCUUAAUGCCAUGAAGCAGGCCGUUGAGGGUCUUACCCGUGAAGGCAUUGAGUUUACUAUCUUUGACAAAGUUCGCACCGAGCCCAAGGAUAGCUCUAUAAAAGAGGCUAUCGCUUUCGCUAAGCCCUAUAAACCCGAUGCCUUCCUAGCCGUCGGUGGCGGUUCCGUAAUCGACACGGCUAAACUGAUGAACCUAUAUACCGUCUUUCCCGAAGCAGACUUCCUUGACUUCGUCAACGCACCCUUGGGCAAAGGCCUCCCAGUAGACAGACCCCUUCUCCCCCUCGUCGCCGUCCCGACAACAGCCGGCACAGGCUCAGAGACAACAGGCACCGCAAUCUUCGACCUAGUCUCCAAAAAGGCUAAAACAGGUAUCGCCCACCGAAAUCUGAAGCCAACCCUCGGAAUCUGUGACCCACUCAACACCCGCACCAUGCCCUCAGCCGUGCACGCCGCCUCUGGCCUCGACGUCCUCUGCCACUCCCUUGAAUCCUGGACCGCAAUCCCAUACAACGAGCGCACCCCGCGCCCAACAAACCCCAUCAACCGGCCCGCCUAUCAGGGCGCAAACCCUAUCUCCGACAUCUUCUCCCUCGCCGCCCUGCGCGCAACAGUCAAGUACCUGCCGCGCGCAGUCCGCGAUCCAAAUGACCAUGAAGCACAAUCGGAGAUGUUGCUCGCGGCUACUCUCGCAGGCGUCGGCUUCGGAAAUGCAGGCGUUCACCUCUGCCAUGGUAUGAGUUACCCGAUUUCCAGCCAGAACCCGGGUUAUAAGCAUGCAGGCUAUGAGGUUGAUCAUCCCAUUAUCCCGCACGGUGUUUCCGUGGCUGUCACUGCGCCUGCUGUCUUCCGCUUUACCGCGGCGUCGAACCCUGAUCGCCAUCUAGCGGCGGCUGAGGCGUUUGGUGUGGAUAUCUCGAAUGUUAAGCGGGAGAGUGCGGGCGAGGUGCUUGGGGCUGCCAUUGCGGAGUUCCUCGUCACGCUUGGUGAUCAGCCGCGUGGGUUGAAGGAUCUAGGAUUCAAGGCUGCGGAUUUGGAGGGGUUGGUUGAGGGGACUAUUCCACAGCAGCGGGUGCUUAUGCUUGCGCCGAGUUUGAGUAAGGAGUUGGAGGCUGAAAGGGGCGAGUUGAGGAGCUUGUUGGAGCAGUCUUUGGAUUAUUAG